AUGGGACCAGAGGAGAAAAUACAGGAGUUAAUAUCAGAAAGCAUUUUCCUGGAAGCCAGACUAAAAGAAGCAGCAAAUCCAAAUGAGGCGUUAAAGUAGGUUAUAGAUGGUCAGCACAGUACAUGGGUGUCACGUAGGACUGACAGGCAUUCAUCGACAAUGACAGAGACACUUCAUUCUCUGUUUGCGGAGAGCGUCGCCAAUUUCCGCGACCACACGGCUGUGGUCUACGAUGAUAACAGCCAUGUCACAACUCUGACGUAUGGAGAACUGCAACAGUUGGCUGAGAUAGUGAGCACACGUCUGCAACAGGCGCAAACACAAGGUCAGUUUAUUGGAGUGUCAUUGCCGCUGUGCACACAGCUUCCUGGAGUCAUCUUAGGUGUGCUUUCGGCAUCGUAUGGCUUCGUUUACAUUGACGCGAACAGUCCGAGUAGGCACCUAACACACCUUGUGCAGGAGCUGCAUCUCCAGUUCCUCAUUGUGGAUGAAUUGUCAUGUUCGUCUCUACUGGAGAAGUUAUCUAGGCAUGGCUGCAGUGUGAAUCAGAAUCUCAUACAAUAUGGAGAGACCUCUCUAGUUCUGGUUGAGCUUUCGUCGACCGUAAGCUCAAACCAGGUGAACAGUGGUUGCCUGGCGUAUGCAAUAACGACGUCUGGCACCACCGGAAGCCCAAAGAUUGUGUUUGUUCCACACUCCUGCAUUGUGCCUAACAUCUUGGACCUCAGGUCGAGGUUCAGAAUCACCGCUGACGAUUUAGUACUCGUGGCAUCACCUUUAACUUUCGACCCAAGCAUUGUAGAGCUGUUCACUGCACUAGGUAGUGGAGCAAGUGUGUUGAUGGUGCCUCCCUUUGUAAAGCAAUCUCCCACGUUGUUGAUGGACAUGAUCACAGUCAGGCACACUGUGACAGUUAUUCAGGCAACACCUACAUUGAUAAGGAGGUUUGCUGAUGUGCUACUGAGGUCAUCACUUCUCAGUAAGCAUUCGAAGAUAAGGAUCUUGGCCUUGGGUGGAGAACAGUGCCCACAUCUUGGCGAGUUGAGAACAUGGAGGGAGGCAGGAAAUGAGUGUGAACUGUACAACAUUUAUGGAAUCACAGAAGUCUCUUGCUGGACCUCAAUUCAAAGAAUACCUCAUGAGGUUUUAGACAGCAGUACCGAUGGACAGGUUCCUUUAGGACAGGCAAUGCUUGCAACAGAACUAGAAGUAAGAGAUGAGGCAGGACAGGCAGUCACUGAAGGCCCAGGGCAGUUAUAUGUUGGUGGAAAGGACAGGGUUUGCGUUAUAGAUAACAGCGUUAAUGGGUCGUGCCUGAGAGCCACUGGUGACUGGGUAACCGUAGCAGUCGAUGGAGCGAUCUACUUUGCAGGGAGACGAGACAACCAGGUGAAAAGACAUGGAAAGAGGAUAAACAUCACUUCACUGGAAAUACAGGUAACCGAGCACCUGCCGGAUGUGGCAGCCGCCUGCGCCGUUUUCACGCCUGGCCCGCAGCCGACGUUGCAGCUGUUCGUCGUCCCGCGUUGCCGCGACGAUGGUUGCCAGCGCACAACGACGCCGGCCGAUGUGCGCCGCAAGCUGCAGGCUUCGCUCCGCAGUCACGAGGUCCCCGACGCCAUCCACGUUGUCGUGCGGCUACCGAUGACCGCUCACGGCAAGGUGGACAGAGACAGGCUGCUUCUGAUGACCGCUCACGGCAAGGUGGACAGAGACGGGCAGCUAUCAAUGACUGCUCAUGGCAAGGUGGACAGAGACGGGCAGCUUCCGAUGACCGCUCACGGCAAGGUAGACAGAGACGGGCUGCUUCCAAUGACCGCUCAUGGCAAGGUGGACAGGGACGGGCAGCUAUCGAUGACCGCUCACGGCAAGGUGGACAGGGACGGGCAGCUAUCGAUGACCGCUCACGGCAAGGUAGACAGAGACGGGCUGCUUCCAAUGACCGCUCAUGGCAAGGUGGACAGGGACGGGCAGCUAUCGAUGACCGCUCAUGGCAAGGUGGACAGAGACGGGCUGCUAUCGAUGACUGCUCAUGACAAGGUGGACAGAGACGGGCUGCUGGCCGCCGACACGCAAGACGACGGAGAGCCGAGCGAGUCGGCAGGUAUCCAGAUCCGCUCGGAGGACCGCUCGCGAGACAAGAAGCUUGCCACCGACCCUUCUCGCGCGGCGCCGGUGGGGCUCGACCGCGCUGCGACGGCCGCGCUCCUGCGAGAGCUGUGGGCGAGCCACCUCGGCUUGUCGCCCGUCGUCGCGGCGACGGCAGAGUUCGGCGACACGUUCCUGCGGCACGGCGGCGACUCGCUGAGCGCGGUGCGUCUGGCGGGCGAGCUGGAGCGGCGUCUGCUCGCGUCACCGCCGCCGACGCUGUACGAUCGCAUCCUCAGCAGCACCUUCCCAGAGCUGUGCGACUACCUCGUGUGCGUGUCCUCGUCCGGCCGGUCCCCGCACGCGGACAAACCGCCGCCAGGCGACGUGGCUGCCGGCGACGACCCCCAGGAGCGGAGUGAGGCCGACGACCGGUGUCCGGCGAAACGUGCUAGGCUGCUAGCAGGUGACUCGUUGCCCGGUGAUUUGUGCGAGAGUGUGACCGGAAAAGGGCGCUACGUGUCGUCCUGCCAGAGAACGGAAAUAAUUGACAUGUGUGCUGUGGCGGGUGUCGGCGGCGAAAAGGCAUUGCUCCGGUAUGCUGGUGGCAGCGUGUUCAAGCCCAGGUGGAAAUAUGACACUGGGAAGUGUGUAGAUGCAUCCCCUCUGGUGGCUGUGGAUGGGUAUGGUAAUUUUUGUCCGUGUGAAGAUUGUCUCAGUGGACACUCUCAACAUGUGGUUUUUCUGGGAUCUCACUCUGGCAGAAUGGCUGCAAUUGCAUUAUCAUCUGGUGAAAUGUUAUGGGAUAUCCAUCUACCAGACCGGAUAGAAUCAUCGGCAUGCCUCUCUGCAUGUGGAAACUUUGUUAUAGUCGGUUGUUAUGAUUACUGCGUGUAUGUCAUCUGUGCAGACAGCGGACGUGUUGCGUGGGUAUUUGAAACUAAAGGUGAGGUGAAAAGCUCACCUUGCACUGAUCUUGUGACUGGGAUAGUGUAUGUAGGGUCUCACGAUCAACACCUAUAUGCUUUAGAUAUUCAGACGCAGCAGUGUACAUGGAGGAAGCACUUAAAAGGAGGAAGUCUCUUCUCCUCACCCUGUGCCAGCAGGAAUCCGCAUACUGUCUAUGCGGCCACACUUGCUGGUUUGCUGACUGCUCUUCACUCGGACACUGGGAGGCUGAUUUGGACGUACCGCUGUGGCAAGCCACUGUUCUCAAGUCCACAGCUGGUAGAAGGAGGUGUCUGCAUUGGCUGUGUUGACGGCGUCAUUUACUGUAUCUCACAAUCUGGCAAUUUGAUGUGGAAUUUCAAGACAGACGGCUACGUUUUCUCAUCAAUCUGCACAUUUCCGUUGAUAACAACAAGCGAAACCGCAAUUCUCCAAAAACCCAACCAGAUAGUUGCAUUUGGUUGCCAUGACAACCACGUUUAUUGCCUAUCUUCCAGUAAUGGAAAACUAAACUGGAAGGUGUGCCUCGAUUCGGAGGUGUAUUCCUCACCCUUUAUUGCAAGUGCACAUGUAAUUGCAAAUGCCAAAGAAAGUGUGUCUGUAAAUGCAAUAGUGUUUGUAGCGUCUACACGAGGCACUCUAUACAUGUUAGAUGCUGAAACAGGAAACAUCCUCACACACUAUUUACUUCCAUAUAAAGUAUUCUCCUCUCCAGUUGCUCUAGGCAAUGCGGUUGUGGUUGGUUGCAGAGAUAACUUUGUGUAUUGCAUGGAGCUUUCACCAUAAGAUACUUUGUUUGAUUAGGAAUCUUACUACACUAGAUAAAUGAGCAAUUUUUGCAAAAGUUUAUCAUGAUAGAAAAGUUGCUUAAUUUUACUGAGCCUGAAGCGUCAUAACGAUAAAUUAAUGUAGAGUAUUUACUGUGUAAAUACCUUGUUUAAAUAUUUAAAGAUGUAAUAAGUGAGUGUAAUUUAUUCACAUUACGCCUUUAGUACUUCUGUUGUUACCACUGCUAUCAGUUUAUUGAGAUAAACUUAACAUCUGUGAUACAAUUUUGUACGUGAUGACUUGAGGAUCGGCAAGUGUGUACAAAUAUGUCCAAAUACACAUCGAAAGCAUUUUAAAUACA